GAACAAAAACCUGCGCGAGGCGGCCACUGAAGCGCGAGGCGUUUAGUGUUUGUCUCUCCCUCCUUCUUCUUCUUCUUCUCCCCUCCGGUCCGGUCCGGUCCAACAUGGCUACAGUCGUAACCUCGACCCGAUUCACGGACGAAUAUCAGCUGUACGAGGAACUCGGAAAGGGUGCCUUCUCCGUCGUCCGCCGAUGCGUCAAGAAGUCCACCGGUCAGGAGUAUGCUGCUAAAAUCAUCAACACAAAAAAGCUCUCGGCCAGAGAUCACCAGAAACUGGAGCGGGAGGCGAGGAUCUGCCGUCUGCUGAAACAUCCAAACAUAGUCCGACUCCAUGACAGCAUCUCAGAGGAAGGCUUCCACUACCUUGUCUUUGACCUCGUCACUGGAGGAGAGCUGUUUGAGGACAUCGUUGCAAGAGAGUAUUACAGCGAGGCAGAUGCCAGCCACUGCAUCAAUCAGAUCCUGGAGAGCGUCAGUCACAUCCACCAGCAUGAUAUCGUUCACCGGGACCUCAAGCCAGAGAACCUGCUCCUGGCCAGUAAGAUGAAGGGAGCAGCCGUGAAGCUCGCAGAUUUCGGUCUGGCCAUCGAGGUUCAAGGGGACCAGCAGGCAUGGUUUGGUUUUGCCGGAACUCCAGGGUAUCUUUCCCCAGAGGUGUUGAGAAAGGACCCGUAUGGGAAGCCAGUGGACAUAUGGGCGUGUGGUGUGAUCCUGUACAUCUUAUUGGUGGGCUACCCUCCCUUCUGGGACGAGGACCAACACAAACUGUACCAACAAAUCAAAGCCGGCGCAUAUGACUUUCCUUCCCCAGAGUGGGACACAGUGACCCCCGAGGCCAAGAAUCUGAUCAAUCAGAUGCUAACGAUUAACCCUGCCAAAAGAAUCACUGCCGACCAGGCCCUCAAGCAUCCCUGGGUCUGCCAACGCUCCACCGUGGCCUCCAUGAUGCACCGUCAAGAGACUGUCGAAUGUCUGCGCAAGUUCAAUGCCAGGAGGAAACUGAAGGGAGCUAUCCUCACGACAAUGCUGGUGUCCAGGAACUUUUCAGUGGGACGGCAGCAUACCAGCCCUGCCGCUACCACCAGUACGGCCGCAAUGGCACAGGAAGCAUGCAAAACCUUACUAAACAAAAAGUCGGAUGGUGUGAAGUCGCAGGGAAACAACAGUAAAAACAGUGUAGUAAGCAGCAGCAGCACCAAAGACAGCAGCAUGUCAUCUUCAGCUCCAAUGGAAGCCCAGACAACUGUUGUACACAACCCAGCUGACGGCACCAAGGGUUCCACAGAGAGCUGCAACAACACAGAAGAGGAGGAGAUGAAAGGUAGGAAAGUGGCUGCUGGUGAGUCUACUAGUACAGACAGUUCAGGGUUAACACAGUGCAUCACUGCUGAGGAACAAGUCCAGACUCCGUCUCCUCACCACCCUCCAGCCUCCUCUGCUCCCCUGCAGGAGGCUGUUAACAGCCCCUCUGCCCCCAUAGCUCAGCCCAGUCCAGCUCAGAGCUCCUGUCCUGAACCAGAGUCCGCUCUGUCGCCCCCCGCAGGCAGCAGCAGCAGCAACCUGCAGCAGACUCGUAAACAGGAGAUAAUAAAGAUGACAGAGCAGCUGAUUGAAGCCAUCAACAAUGGAGACUUUGAGGCUUACACGAGAAUCUGUGACCCUGGACUGACUUCUUUUGAGCCAGAGGCCCUCGGAAACUUGGUGGAGGGGAUGGACUUCCACAAGUUCUACUUUGAGAAUCUUCUGAGUAAAAACAGCAAACCGGUGCACACCACCAUCCUCAACCCCCACGUGCAUCUGAUCGGUGAGGACGCCGCCUGCAUCGCCUACAUCCGCCUGACGCAGUACAUGGACAGCCAGGGACGGCCGCGCUCCUGCCAGUCGGAGGAGACGCGUGUUUGGCAUCGCCGCGACGCCAAGUGGCUCAACGUGCACUUCCACUGCUCAGGAGCGCCGGCAGCACCCCUGCAGUGAACGGACAACCCAGGCAAGCUUUGCCUGAACUCUGAAGCUUUUUGGAGCAUUUACUCUCCGUGGUCGGAGUGGUGCCGGGAUCCUGGCUGGGAAGAGGCUGCUUGGAAAACACAAAAGUUGGAAAAAUACAUUACAAUUAAAAAAAAAAAAAAAGAAUUAAAAUAAAAAACAAACACAACCCCCAAAAAAAAUAAAAAAUCCUAUUUCAAAAGCUUGACUGAAUGACUGACCACACCGACCAACACCAAUCCAGUCCAACCCUAGCUAGAUGAUGUUGGGGUCCGGCUGAUGUCAACCCCUUCUUGGAGAUGGUGCAUGCUUCUGCUGGCAACACAGGGGUGAUGCUGUCCUGGUCCUUUCCUCCCAUGGCCUUUAUUCCCCGUCUUUGUUUUGUCUGCCGUGUGGAAAAGUAUUAACGUGUUAAAAAAUAUAUAUAACAACUGAAAAACACUUCACACACUUAGUGCGUAUGACUGGGGCAGCAAGUGUAUCUGGAGAAAUGUGAUUUCUUUUUGUCUCGACAGAGCAGCAGAAAGUUGACUUUAUUACAAGUGUUGUUUGUUUUACACUUUACAGGUUUAUGUGGGUAGGUUUUACGGGAACGGGAGCAACUAAUAUCUACUUAAUAUCAGAAUUUAACAACCAUUUUAAGUGUUAGAUUUGAUCUGACACGAUGUUUUAAAGGGGUUUAGGCGUUUGUGAUGUGUUACUGAAGGGACCUUUAUUUUUAUUUUGUCUUUUUGUAUUAUGUUUUGUUUUAUCUCCUGAUGGAGGGAUAAUAUUUUAAAGUAUUUUGUGUUGAGAAGUAAUUUUUAAUCAAAAGGGGAUUUUAUUUAACAGAAUUGUGUAUAAACAGAUAUUUAUAUAGGAGAACAGGGGAAACAUUCUUUGCUUUCAGGGUUUAGGGAGGGGAUUUUGGCAUGAGAGAGUGGGUGUUUUUCUUCCUGUUUUGAUGUCCAGACGUGUAAAUAUAAACAACAUGUUCACACACAGCCUGCAUGAACACACACUGGAAGCCCCUGUGCUCCAGCCUUUGAGGUCGAGCCUCUCCUGAGCUUCAGACACAACGUCCAGGCCAGCUCAUCCUGAAGUUGCAGAAGGUCUCCAUCUGUCUGCCCUGCAGUGUUUGAACACUAGGUGGCGUCGUCAGUUAAAAGUCUAGAGCUCCUCACGUUUGACGACCUAGUCUGAAAGCACGGACACUCUCACGCCAACUUCUUACUUUUCUUUUCUCUUGUUUUUGUGUGUUUUUGACGUGAAGCAUGAUUUAUCUGAACUAUCUAAUGGCCUGUACUGUUUUUGCACAGACACUUAUGACUCGAUGCUGUUGUGUUUGCUCUUCCGAGGGAGUGAACCUUUCUGCAACUUCAGGUUACGCUUGCCAAAAUCCUUCCCUUCCACCCUACCUCUGCCCCUCUACUUCCAUCAUUCCUGCCUCUCCACAUGUGUCGUGACCUUCGCUGACCAGCCCCAUUACUGUCGUACUAGCGCCACGCCGUGUGAUGAUGACGAUGUCACCCUUAACACCUGUCUCUUGUUCUGACUGUGUUCUUAAAAGUUUGUAUAUUGUCCGUCUUGGCUUGCUGUACUUCGGUGUGAAGUCCUGGCACUAUAAAAAGCAUGUUAAAAAGGAAAUCCAGCCGAGGGAUUGGACACAAAAAAAAAGGCAUGACGGGAAGAGGGCUACGCCGUCUGGAGGGCUGUGGGACCUUUGCUGAUGGCAAUCAAUGAUUUGGUCUCUUUUGUCAGUUUCUGUUGUAAAUGUUGUAGUUGUUAGUGUUUUGAUGUUGAUAUUUUUAUCAGUUGUUUUAGCCAGAACUUUAAAAAAUAUAUUAAGGGGGUUGAAAUGAGCAGAGACUGCCACAACCCUUUUUUAAGACGCCCCUCACUCACUGAUGGAUACACAAUCUUGAGACAAAAACUCCUUUUUUUGCUAAUUCUAUUGCAAGUCACAGCAUCAUAUAAGCACACGAGGUCAAAGAUUCUCCCUUUAAAAGAGGACAAAACAUAUCUUGUGUGUCAGUGGUUCCACUUUGCAGCACUGUUUUUCACUGUUGUAGAAACUUUGUGAGUGUGUGACUUUGUACCUGUGGAGAGGUGAGGCUUGCUGUCCGUCCCGUCUCUGUGCUACGCUGCUCCAUAGUAACUCAUGCACUACGUAGGCUGUUGCUGCUGGUUCUCUACGAGCAGAAACCACAAAGAUGCUUCAGAACAUCACAUAUCACGUCUGUGUACCAACACCUUGAAGCAAACUUAAAAAACCAACGUUGUAAAUCAUACGUGACCCCGUCCUCCUGUAUCAACCGCCUGUGCUGUGACAUAUCCGACAUGACAUGAAAACUGUGUCCCUCCCCCACUUCUUGCACCAUGACGACACGUUGUAAAAGCAGUACUGAAACUAUGUGAUGUUUUUUAUGGUUCUAAGUAGUUGUGUUCGUGCUGUGGGUGCCGGCCCAGUUGUCCGUUGAUGCCACCGUUCUGACCAGAUGCUUUUCUUUCAUUGUGUGUGUUUCCACACAGUCAUGGGAAUGUCGAAAUGGAAAAGUAAGACGCAGUUGAACUUCACAGGUUAUCUAAAAAGCAGGGGGACUGAUUUGGGGGGAAACAGGUUUGCCAAAGUUUUUGGACAGUUGAUAUUAGCGUUUUUAAUUAAAAUGAAGCCAAAACUUCAACGUGUUGAUCUGUAGUAGCAGGAAAACAGAGAUGUAAACAGUAACAUUAAUAAUGGUGCAGCUUUCUGUUAUAAUGUUUUUAAUUACACCUCUGUUUUUCAUGUUAUUACAAAAAUCUGUUCAAGCUGAAGUGAACCCACUCUCACUUUUAGUUAUUUGUAAAACAGUGAUUCUCAACCUUUGUCUUGUGACACAUUUCAUCAUACAGGUGAUGUACAGGCCUAUCUUUCAGUAAUAUACAUUUAGAAGUAAUUUUCUCUUUGAUUUGGAUCAUAUUUACAGGCUUAAAUACGUAAAGAAUUUAUAUUAUAUCUCGUUAAAGGCACCCUGUGGAGUUCCUGUACAUGCGUGUAACACGAUACAUUCCUGCUGAUGGUUUCAGGUUGUUCCACCGAUCUACAGGUGGUAAAAACAAGCCUAGAUAUGUAGCAAAGCACCAACAGAGGCGGUGAAGAAGAUGGCUGCCAGUCAGUAAAUAUGGAUGGAAUUAAAACUUGUAAGAAAUCUGGCUUUGAAAAUGUUUUGCUGAAGGAAAUGCAUUCAUUCAACAUGUUUAUUGACGUUUAGAAUAUGUUGGAUUAUUGUUUUUUAGAAAUACUGAACUCCACAUGACACCUUAAAUGUAUAUAUUUCUUGUACUCCAGGUUGGGAACCACUGUUUGUUAAACCAUCACCAGGGCCUCCUGAGUCUUACUAAAUAGAGCUACAACAAAUCCAGCCUCGUGUGACAUGAGAUAGUUUUCAUUUUUUUGGAUAUUAGCUGAGGAUCUGGGCUCUGAAUCCCAGUUCAAUCAGGCAAAGAAAGAUAGUAAUUAUGUUUUAUCUGCAAAUAAUUACUCAGCUGUGACAAUCAGUGCCAUCACUGAAUUAUUUUACUUUCAAAAUCAUCUGGGUCCGUUUAACUGGUUGAAAUUUCCUUCUUUGAAACUUCCUGAAGGUGAAUACACCUUAUACAAUACAAAUAUCUUUUCUUUAGGUGAAGCCUCUCUUGAAAGAUGAAUUUUCAUCUUGUGUAUUGAUGUUUAAAUUUCUCAUCAGUCCAAUUCAGCAACAUGAUUUUUUUACAUCUUAAAAUGACCAAUUUAAUCAUAGUAAAACUGGACACUUGCAAAUGCAGUAACAGAUUUUUUUGACCACUAGAUGUACUGACUUUGUAAACAGUUGCUGAAUUAUAUAUCUAGCAGUUAUAGAGCACCAUUAUCAUUUAUUUGCUUCCAUGUUUUGGUCACCUGAUAAUUCUAAUUCCAAUACUGAUUUGAAAUUAUCCCUGCAACUUUGUUAGAGGAAGUAAUCUCUUUAAAUUGGCUUUUAACACUGCACCGCUUCACGUUUUAAAGAGUUGAAUUCAAACCAGAUAAACUCAAAUCAAAUGGUUUUAAUUGUGAAACAUUUCAGUGCUGUAAAAUCAAAUCAGCAUUAAUAGAAAGUACAUCACAGUUUAGUGCUCAUUUGCUGAUGAAAUUAAAAUGAUAUUGAGAUCCAGUGUAAUUUAACAGUGUUUUAACGUGACAGGGUAUGUUGUCAAUAAGAAAUGUGACCAAAUAUUUACUUACCUUUGGGAUGACUGCAGGAACUACCUAAAGACAAAGAGAAAUCACAGGAGGUAAAGUAGAUUGUUGUCUGUUGUUUUGCUGCAUCUACAUUUUUGUUUUAAAAAUGCAAAUGUGUGCAAAACUAAAACCAAAUCCACAGUUCAAACACUUUGGCAAAUGUCUAAUAUGCGUUAACAGAAACUGAGGGGCCGAAAAGAUUCUUGAAACGCUUCAGAUGUUGAAAAAUGACAAUUUAAAAACCACAAUCUUUAACAGCAACAUUAUAUAUGCAGUUUUACAAAUGGAAGAAAUAUGCAUGUCUACUUUCUGGUAAUUUUUCACUGUUUACUUGAUAAAGAAAUGGAAAUCUAUGUUAUUUGCAUCCUCAAGGUUAUGAAAUGGCUGUCUGAGAUAUCCAAAUCCAGCGAUGUUAUCUCGCAUUAAAAUGCAUAAAAGAUGAGCAAAAGCCUUAGCUUGUAUGUGCCCCUUUGAAAGUAAAUUUAUUGCAUUGUAACCUUACAAGAAAAGGGGCCACAUAUGUCUAUACUAUCAGUUUCAAUUGGAUGCUGGAUUUUUGCAUGACCAUUAAUAAAAAGCAUACAUUAAAAACUAUCAAGUGUUUGUUUGGAUGGUUGUUCUUCAUAGCUUUGUUAUUAUUGGAAAAUGAAAGAGUAUUUAAUAAAAAUAGCAUUUCAAAAUUGA